UUUUUAGAAGUAGACCGGCUCGGAUCCUCAGCGAAGGGGAUAUUGAUAGUGCAGUCAAGACGAUGGUGGCGAGGAUCACUGGUCUUAUUGAUAAGUGGGUGCAGAACGGAUCUGACUGGACCGUUUCUCGAGUGAGACAGCUGGAUGUGUCGACAGCAAAGUACACUCCUCUUCGAGGUGGUGCAGCUGAUAUCCCGCCCAAAUUAGAAAAAAAGAAGGCCAUCAUUAACGUAAAGAACAACGAUGACAGGUGUUUGAUGUGGGCGUUAUUGUCAGCGAUGCAUCCCAUCGACAACAACCCACAGCGUGUAUCCAGGUACACCCAGUACGUUGAUGAGCUGCGGUUCGAUGGUGUGAUGUUCCCUGCAACGCUCAGUGAUGUACCCAAAGUGGAGUUACAGAAUGGUCUUGCAAUCAAUGUGUUUGGCUACGAGGGGAAUCUGUACCCACUGUAUCUCAGCGAGCGACAGGAGACUCCAAUCAACCUGCUUCUACAUGACAACCACUUCACAUGGAUAAAAAACUUCAGUCGUGCAUGUGAGAAUAAGAACAAGCGGGCAACACACUAUUGCUUCCGAUGCCUCUCCGCACACAAAACAGCAGACUCCCUGCAGCAUCACAGCGAGAGAUGUCAGGUGAUGAAGCCUGUGCCAGUAGUCAUGCCCACAGCAAAGGACAGCAUCCUCAAAUAUACAAAUUUGAAGCACAGGAUGGUGGCUCCAUAUAUCAUUUACGCUGAUACGGAGGCCAUCAUUGAGCCGAUGGAGGAACAGCAUGGCAGCAGCACUGUACGCACAGCCCGUCAUGUACCAUGCAGCAUCAGAUAUGCUGCCAUCCGAUCCAACGGUGAAGUCCGUGGCGAGUUUGACGACUGCAGUGAGAAUGCCAUUCACAACUUUUUCGACAGUCUCAAAGAGUUGGAAGGCAGUAUCCAGGAGGAUUUGGCUGAUAUCAGGCCAAUUCGCAUGACGGCAGAACUGGAGCUUGAGUUUCAGAACGCAGUCAACUGCUGGAUAUGUGAUGAAGUACUUGGAGAAGAUCGUGUUCGUGAUCAUGAUCAUCUCACUGGCAACUACCGUGGUGCUGCACACUACCAGUGUAAUAUUCAGCUGAGUAUCUACCCAGAUCGCCAGAUCAUUCCGGUUGUGUUUCACAACCUGAAAGGGUACGAUGCUCACCACCUCAUCGCCCACAUUGGUAUGACCGAGGUUGAAGAGGUGGAGUACGAGGACUCUAACCAGCGUAAGCGGAUUAAGAAGGUUGGUGAGAUCAGUGUCAUCGCCAACAACAUGGAGAAAUAUAUUUCAUUCAAGUGGCGCCAGUACCGCUUCAUUGACUCCAUGGCCUUCUUGAACUCCUCUCUGGACUCGUUGGUGAGCAACACCCCGGAAGAUGCCUUCAAGCUUACUCGUACAUUGGCCCAUCAUGACCUUCUCCUGCGUAAGGGUGUCUACCCCUACGAGUACAUGGACUCCUUUGCUCGGUUUGAUGAGACACAGCUGCCACCUAAAUCAGCAUUUGAGUCUAGUUUGACUGGAGAAGGUAUCAGUGAUGCCGACUAUGCCCAUGCUCAGAACGUAUGGCAGACAUUUGAGUGCAGUACAAUGGAGGCAUAUCAUGACCUCUAUUUGCAAACAGAUGUCUAUCUUCUAGCAGAUGUCUUUGAGCAUUUCCGCAAGACGGCAUACAAGACGUAUGGGUUGGAUCCAGCCCAUUACCUUACUCUCCCAGGAUAUGCAUGGGAUGCUCUACUACGGUUCACCCAGAUUGAACUGCAGCUGCUCACGGAUGUAGACAUGCAUCUGUUUGUCGAAGCCGGUCUACGUGGGGGCAUCUCAAUGGCGUCGCAGCGGUACGGCAAGGCCAACAACCCAACGAUGGAUCAGUACAAUCCUGCCGAGCCCACAUCAUACCUGCUAUACCUUGAUGCCAACAACCUGUAUGGCUGGGCUAUGUGCCAGAGUAUGCCGACAUCUGAGUUUGCCUGGUGUGACAAGAACCUGUCCGAGAUACUGGCACACCCUGUAGAUUCGAGCACUGGGUUCAUUGUGGAGUGUGAUCUUGAGGUACCCUCUUCGCUGCACUACUACUUCAAUGAUUAUCCACUCGCACCGGAAGUGAUGAGAACAUUCUCAGAUAAGCUAUCACCAUACCAACAAGCACUUGUGGAGGAGCUCAAAGUGUCAGCCGUAGAUGGAGUCAAGUUGACACCCAGUCUCCUACCCAAGUCCAAGUAUGUGUUACACUACCGUACACUGCAGCUGUAUUCGCGUCUGGGCAUGGUGGUGACUGCUGUUCACAAGGUGUUGGGAUUUCAGCAGAGUGCCUGGAUGGCUCCCUACAUCAAUCUGAACACUGCACUUCGCACGAGGGCUACAACCGACUUUGAGAAGAGCUUUUACAAGCUGAUGAACAACUCAGUCUUUGGCAAGACGAUGGAGAACGUUCGUAAUCGAACACGCAUCGAUCUCUUGCGAGAAGAAAGUGAGGAGCAGGUACUGAGGGCAGUGAGCAAGCCUACAUAUGUGCGGCAUGACAUUUUCCCGAACGGGCUUGUCGGGAUAGAAAAGCAGCACACUGAGAUCAAGCUCAACAAGCCGGUCUAUGUGGGUAUGUCGAUACUAGACCUGUCAAAGGUACACAUGUACUCCUUCUACUACGAUGUGCUGAAGGAGCAGUAUGGUAGCAGAAUCCGGCUGUUGUACACCGACACCGACUCUGUUAUUGUGCACAUAACCACCGGUGAUGUUUAUGCAGAGAUGGAUCUGUCUCUGUAUGACACCAGCAACUUUCCCACUGACCAUCCUCAGUACACUUCUGCCAAUAAGAAAGUGGUUGGCAAAUUCAAAGAUGAGCUUGGUGGGAAAUCCAUGGUGGAGUUUGUAGGGCUAAGAUCGAAGAUGUACUCCUACAUCGGGCAGGAAUCGGCCAAACGAGCCAAGGGUGUUCGGAAGGCAGUCCUGGCAAAUACCAUCACCCACAAGGACUAUGUAGAUGCACUGCUCAGUCAUCGUGUGUCUGCCAGGCCUAUGACGGGUCUCCGAUCACAUUGCCACACAGUGUAUGAGGAGGUAACCACCAAGGUGGCAUUGUCUCCAUUCGACUGCAAGCGGUAUAUACUGGAUGAUGGCAUGGCCACACUUGCAUAUGGUCACAAGGACAUUUAA